AUGUACGCCCGUCGAAAUGAGCCUCGGCCAGAUCCACCUACGAGUUCUCGCAAGAAGCAGAAGCAGAAGCAAAAGCAGAAGCAAAAGCAAAAGCAAAAGCAAAAGCAAAAGCAAAAGCAAAAGCAAAAGCAAAAGCAAAAGCAAAAGCAAAAGCAAAAGCAAAAGCAAAAGCAAAAGCAAAAGCAAAAGCAAAAGCAAACCCCACACUGUCACGAUCCGCUGUUUCGACAAGUGGACGAGACCUUCGUGGAGAGAGUCGAGGGAGGGAGAGCAGCUAGGAAAAGCUGGGAAGGUGGACCAUGGACGGUGGACGCCACAUCUUGA